UCCACUUAAAGUCUACAGCAAAUGUGCUGCAUCUGGGCCCAGCCAAAGAGGGACACAGAUAAAAACAGACACAGGUACAUCAGAAAGUGAAACAAGCUCUACAGAAAGGAAUUCUACAUCUCAAACUCAGAAGAAUAGGAAAGAUUUUUUAGGAUUAAAUCCAAAAAGGAAAAAUGAAAAGAAAAAGAAAAAUCCAAAUCAAGAAAUCGUGGAAGGAAAAACAAGGAGUGCGAAAAAGAAGCAGGAGAUCAAGGAGAUCAUGAAAAGCAAUGAGACAGACCUCAGCGUCAGAGAAUUCAUGAUGACCGGAUUCGAAAUCCCUCGCUCAUUUAAGACCUUCCUGUUUGUUGUUUUCCUGAUCACAUACGUUUUUACAAUUUCUGGAAACCUUCUGAUCAUUGCGUUGGUAUUCACUUGUCAACAACUUAGUAACCCCAUGUAUUUUUUCCUUUCCAAUUUGGCUGCCUGUGAAAUCCUUUUGACCACAAAUAUCAUACCAAAUAUGUUAUACAUAUUAAUAGUAGACCAAAGUGCAAUUUCUGUUUCCAAAUGCCUUGUGCAGUUUUACUUUUUUGGAACGGCAGCAACUACUGAAUGCAUUCUUCUUGCUGUAAUGGCUUAUGACCGUUAUUUAGCCAUCUGCAGGCCACUGCAUUAUACUUCAAUCAUGGACCAUAGAUUUUGUGUCUGCAUUUCGCUGUGCAUAUGGCUUGUUGGUUUCAUGGCUACUAUUGGAACAAUUAUACUUAUGGGCAGACUGCAGUUUUGUGACUCUGCUAUCAUUAAUCAUUAUUUCUGUGACCGCGAGCCUAUCUUAAGCCUUUCUUGUUCAGACGUCACAGAUGUUAAAGUAGUAUCUCUUGUCUUCUCAUUUUUUAUUACAUUAUGGCCAUUUAUAGCUAUUAUCUGGUCAUAUGGUAAAAUUAUUCUUACAAUUGUUAGAAUGACUACAUCAAAUGAGAGACAUAAAACAUUUUCUACUUGCAGUUCCCACCUCAUAGUAGUAGGGAUGUAUUAUGGAACAUUAAUUGUUAUGUAUGUAGUUCCUUCCAGUGGACAGUCAUUUAAUGUUAACAAACUACUAUCUUUAUUGUAUAUUGUAGUCACCCCAUUGCUUAAUCCGGUAAUAUACAGCUUAAGAAAUCUAGAACUAAGAAAUGCAUUGAAAAAUGUGUUACAAAGAUAUCAACUGAUAAAGCCUAAUUUCUGA